AUUGCGUGUAUAGGAACGUGGAAGUGAAGUGAAUGUACUCAUCAAAAUGACAAAUUAAAAAAGCUUUUAUUUUUCGUAUAUUGGUACGAGAUUUUAUUGAUUGUUUUCUUUCAUAAAAGAUUUUCGGCCAGACGGCGACUGAAAUUGCAAGUUUCUGUGAUAUAUUUAUUUUCAAUAAUUAACUAUUCUUAUCAACCAAUUAAAUGAGCAGGGAUAUCAAGUUAUGUCUAUAAGUAAUGGAAGGUUCAGAACUGGGUGGCGACCAGCAAUUCUGUUUGAGAUGGAACAAUUUUCAAGCAAAUAUAACUUCUCAAUUCGAGGCACUACGCGAUGAUGAGGACUUCGUGGAUGUCACCCUGGCAUGCGAAGGACACAGGCUAGAGGCCCACAAAGUGGUUCUCUCGGCUUGUAGUCCUUAUUUCAAGGAAUUGUUUAAAAACAACCCAUGCCCCCACCCAAUAAUAUUCAUGCGCGACUGCGAAGUAUCGCACGUGCGCGCACUCCUUCAGUUUAUGUACGUCGGGCAGGUGAACAUCGCUCAAGCGCAGCUCAGCGCCUUCCUACGCACUGCCGACGCUCUUCAGAUACGAGGCCUCACAGACUGCUCACAACACAACGACAAAAAAGCGAAUCGUAAGUCUCCUCCUUCCCAGUUACGUAAUUUGCUCAGCGCGAAGCCGUCACAUUCUACCUCCUCCUCCAAAGUCGCAAGCCAAAAUGUUGAAUCGACCUCAGCUGAUGAUCAAGAUAAGAGUGCCAGUCGUCGUUCCACAAGAAAUUCUCCCGAUGUUGCCAGAAACAAUCUCAAUGAAGAAGCUCCUUUUCAAACUUCUAGUCAAAUGAGGCCUAAUAAUGAUGACUAUAGCGAAACGUGCAUCUACCCCUCAUUAAGGGUAAAAACUGAUCUCGAAGCUGAAGUAAAAAAUGAAGAGAGUGAUAUUUUAAUGGAUCCAGGGGAUUCCGAAAGAGGAGAGAAGUCGCAAGAUUUUAAUGCAUCGGAUCUGUUGGAACCAAAAAUGGAAGUCGUUGAACAAGAAGGCAGUGACGAGGAGCGCUCCAGUUUUCCUCCAAUGUACUAUGAGAAUAAUGCAUUGGCUAAUCCCUUCGCCGCUUUACAAGGUAAUAUGGAUCUCAUGACUGGGAUAAGCCCAGAUCUCCGGGACGAAAACACUGAAGCAAUACCGGGCCGGUGGGACGGACGGCGGAACCGGCCUGUUCCGGACGCGGUGUGGUUGGAACAGCACCGGAGCGCCCUGCCCUUCGUACUGAAGCGGGAAAACGAGCGGGGAGGCACGGCCGCGCCUAGAUUGAUAAAACUGGGGGAGGGUGUGGAGAUCCGCGAAGAGUUGCUGCGCGGCGUGAAGUGGGGCGACUACAGGAAGGUGACGCGCGGGCUGGCGGCGGCGCUGUUCUCGCCCAUCGAGCUGGCCACGUGCUCGGUGACGGGGCAGCGCUGGUCGCGCGCCGGCCAGGAGGCGCGGCCCACCAAGCCGCCGCUCGACCGCCGCCGCGUGCACGCGCUCAUCUCCUACGUCAGCAGGCACUUCCCCGACGUCGAGGUCAGCAGGAUCAAGCAAGUGCUCGCCUACAAGUGCAAGGAGAAUUGCGCCGCGCUCCGCAUGAGGACCGCCAGGCUUUCGAAUUGUUUCAGUGAGUCGACGAACUACCUGCUGAGUGCAGCGGCGCGGCCGCCGCCCUGCGAUGAUGCCCCGGGCGGUAGCUCUCGACCAUCAUUCACCAACUUUGAGGCGAAAACAGCCGGUGGAGGCAGCGGUAGCGGAGGCGGGGGCGGCGGCGGCAGCGGCGGCAGCGGCGGCGGGACCGCGGCGCGCGAGCCGGGCUCGGGAGAAUUCCGCGGGCCGCCGCCGCACGAGCGGUCGCAGGAGCGGGCGGAGGCGGAAGGCGCGGCGCAGUGAUGCCCCUGCGGUCGCCGCACUUUCGCCGCGCGUGUGUUGCAUAUCAAUUUCAUAAUCUUGUUAUUUUUUACCAAAAAAGAGAAAAUGUAACGAUACUCAUCGCCGGCCGUCGGGCCGUCGGGCCGUCGCCCGAGCCGCUCGCCGGCGGUGGCUCCCAAUAUUUAUAUUUUGUUAGAGCGGCGCGGCGCCGGCGGGCGACGUCGGCGGGUCGCCGUGUAAUAUAAUCAUAUUUAUUUAGGUGAUAUUUUUCUAUUGGCUACUGAUAAGAUUUUAUCUCGUUAUGUAUCCGCCGGCCGCGCCGGGGAUACAUUGUCGUUCGUAAGGAGGGGGAGUGGAGUCGUGCCCGAAGCUCUAGCAAUAAUUUAUCAGGUUCCUAAGACAUGUUUUGUAGUUAGGUUCUAUUGCACGAAUUUUCGCGAACACUGCCGCUUGAUUUCUAAAUUAUUCGUGGAUUAUAGUCAUUUUAUUGCUUCCUUUAUUUUAUAAAAAAAAAAGUCAUUUUCACUGUUACGUUAAAAUUUGUAUAUGAAGCAUUUAAGUGCUGUACGAGGGACCGUUGCAAUUGCAAAGUAAAUAUAUAUAUAUAUAUAUAUAUUAUAUCAAAUGGCAUAAUUUUUAGAACUAACAUAGAGAUAUUAUAGUCAUUUCGUUUUCUAGGAAUAAAUGAGAAUUUAUUUUGGAGUGUCUGGUUUGGAUAAUUGUAAAGAUUUCGGUGAGCUGUGAUCAUGAUGGAUAAAAGCAGUCAUAUUUUUAAAAUAUACAUUUAAGAAGUUAUUACGUAAUUAAUAUCAAGUGUACAGUAUAAUCUGUAUGAGUGUAAGUGGUAGUUAGUAACAGUCAUCCGUUUGCUUUCACUGCGCAUUUCAGUACGUACCUGUAACGUGUAACGUGUAACAUGUAACGUACAUGUCGCGUACGGCGUACGCGUGCCAAGCAUUGCGUACUACGUAUGCGUACAGCGUACUACAACGAACCUGUGCGGACCGCUGUACGCGACUCGUCAAUUCUUGGUAGCAAGCGGCCCUACACAUCGCGCACGGAUGUAUUAUCAUAUCAGAAGAAGCAAUAACUAUUAUUUGAUAAAGAUGAUUUUUAAUUUUUAAAUAAUAUUUUAACCAAGUUGUUAUAAAAUGUAGUUAGUAAAUUUAAAUAAAAAAUAACUUGAUGAGUCCACGGUCAUAUAUAUCGAGUUCUUUUGAACAGUAACUAAAUCCUCAUUAUAAAUAAUUAUUACGUCUCACAGUAAAAAAUGUCAUAUCAUUUUGUAUGUGUAUGAUAAAUUAUAUCAAAUAGUAUGUCAGAUCAUAGGAACUAGGAAUAUGAUGUGGGUAGCUGAUGUGAUGGGCGUGUGGACAUCCGACAAGCGAUGUGGAUUAAAAAUGCCUUGUGCAACAUGUGAUGGUAAAAAUUGUGAUUUUGUAUAUAUACGUAUUAAUUAUACGUUCCAAUCGAGAGCAUUUUGUAUGGCAGGAAUUUAGCGGUGUCGAGGUUUUAUACGAUUUUUGUAUAGUGCGUAAGACUUAAGGGUAAUGCUAAAAGCGAGCUUCUGAGGUCUAAUGUAAAUGCGGUUAAAACUGUGUUCGUGUGUGUAUAUCUAAAGGGUAGUGAUUCGAUUGUGAGUGAAGUGACAGGGUCACGAUCACAACUAGCGGCGGCGGCGCCCUAAACGCAUAUUUCCUUGUUUCCGUGAUCUAUGCACUUGAAUAUAUACUCGGUGCACAUAUUAUUAUGUAUAUCGCGGUCACGUCAUCUCGUGUGAAUCGUUGAUGUACCUAUAAAUAAGUUACAGUUACCAGAAGUAGGAUAUUUGAGUAGUCACACAGUGCUACGGAAUGAAACAUUACUAAUGUUUUAUGAUGCCAAUCGAAAGUCUAAUGCUCAAUUUUGCCAAAUUUUACUUGCCGAAAAUGCGUCUUAUUUAAUAAUUUCGUGUUUUUUAUUCAGUGACAACCAUUCCCGACAGUUGUUUCUACAAUAGGUAAUAAAAUUCGAAUGGGAGUGGCCAUAUUGCUCAAUCAUUAUGAUGGAAUGGAUGGUGUUUCUUUGAUAGUUCAUAUAAAAUUCGAAAAUUUGGCCCAAUAGAAAUUAUAUAAUUAGGAGAAUAAAAUAAAUUAAAAUUUAAUAAUUUAAUUGUAUAUUGAAACUGAGAGUUUUAAUGAAUUUGCAAAAAAAAAAUCAUUUUAAUACUUAUAAAAUGUGACGAAUGCUCGAGAUGCAAUAUGUUAAUUUAGUGCCAAAUGAUAUAAGUUAACUCGUAGCAAUAUAUUGUAUCCUAAUGCUCUUGUGUAAUUUCUCACGUAGUGUUAAUGACCUAUGAGGUUUCAAGGUUUCUUUUACAAGACUAUAAUAUAUUUAUACAGGGAAUGUGUUAGAUAAUGUAUUGUUGUUCGGAUCUAAGAGUGUUGUUGGGGUAAAAUACUCACUAUGGCAGGGUGUAAAAAUAAACGUAACCUACGUCUCGUAGUGGAAUACUAGACAUUUUCUACCUUACCUUAGUUUUUGAUACAUACUGUCUGAAUGUGUUUUUGUUAAAUAUAAUAGUACUGCUUUGUUGAAUAUAAAUGAUACAUGUGGUGUACCUGACAGUACUCGCUCUACAACAGGGUAAAUAUAUUAUAUUCUUAAAUAACUCACGUAAUGACACGCGUGAAUUUCUUAUAGAUACCUAUACGUCAUUAUUUUUACACUCUGAUCUAAUAAUAGCACUGAAUGAGCAAUGGAACAAGAGAAUUUAUUUACUCAAUUUUUAAUUGUUUGCUAUACCUAAUUUUAUACUAAAUCUUAAUAUACAUUAUUUUGCAUUUUAUGAUUGUAAUGGCAGCUGUCCAUAUACAGUAAUGAUCUAAUUGGUCAAAUAGGGUUUCAUAAAUAAAUUAUAAAACAAUACAUCGAACAUGACACAUUGGGCACAAAUAUGAUUAAAAAUUGCUUAGUUUCUUUGCUUGCUAAUAUUGUUAAAUUCUUAACGACGUUGUUCCUGAUACUGGUGUCUGUUGAGAUAUCUUUGUGGAACCCUAAAAUGUAUGUGUUAAUUUUCACUAAGCAGAAUAAUACAAAAUGUAAGUAUAUAAAAAGAACAACAUCGAUGCCACUGUGCUCUGCGUGGGCACAGCGUUGUGCCAAAAUUACGUGCUAGUCCUUAAAAUGAAAUGUUGUUAUCAUUUUUCAGAUUUUAUUUAGUCCAGAAUGUGUUUGUUCCUGUGCUGUGAAAAUAAUAUCGGACAAAUCAACACUUGUGAGGUGAUGCAUGAUGUGGUCGUUUUAAUUUCGUAGAUAUUAAGAGUAUACUUGCCUUGUAAACAUUUUAAUAGUCCUCUAAAUUAGUGAUUCGUGUACAAUUUCUUUAUUCCAUUGUAAAAUAUCUUAAAUCGACCGCAUUAUGUUUAGUUUAGUAUUACUGCUUGAGGUCAAGCAAAUGUAAGCAGAAUGCAAAAUCUGAUCUCAUGUACUAUUUUCAGUUCCAUAUUUAUAUUUAUUUAAGCAAAAGUAGGUUUUGGUUUAACAUUUAAUUUAUCAAGUCACAAUAAAAAUAAAUUUGUAAUACUUUUUAUAUGUAUUAAUAGUAUAUAUUUCAUUUCAUUUUUUAAGAGCUGCGCUCUUGUCGUUGGAGUUAUGUCGCUUACUACGAUUUUCAACGAGACUCUUCACCUCUUGAUACACACUUGUUCUCACCCUUCCCCUCCUGCCUUCUUUUUUUAUUAUAGAUAAUAUUCAUAAGCUUGUCGUGUCGUAUCAAGUGUCCUAAAAUUUUUUUCCCUUCUGACCUCAAUAGUUCUUAUAAUUUGUCAACUUUCCUUAACCCUUAUUACUAAUUUGACCUUUCCAGCUCAUUUUCUCUAUCCUUUUCCAGAUCCACAUUUCAAAGGCUCUAAGGUUAUCUGUUUCUUUAUGGAUUAAUGACCACGUCUCAAAUCCAUACCAAGCUAUACUCCAGAUAUAUAGAUUUUGAUAAGCCACUUUCCGAUAUAUUUUAUCUUAGCCUGUAGAAGGCGUUUUUGUUAUUGAACGCUUGUUUGGUCAUAGCUAUUAUAUAGUAUUUUAUAUAGUACUAUAUAAUAUAUUUUAUAUAGUACUAUAUAUUAGAAAACGGCUUAUCAAAACCUAUAUCUGGAGUAUAGCUCUGUAUGGAUGUGAGACGUGGACAUUAACUCAGAAAGAAAUGGAUAAACUUAGAGCCUUUGAAAUGUGGUGCUGGAGAAGGAUGGAGAAAAUUAGCUGGAGAGAUCGAAUUAGCAAUGAGGAGGUCCUGCUUAGGGUUAAGGAAAAAAGACAAAUUAUUAGAACUAUUGAGGACAGAAGGGGAAACAUGUUAGGACACUUGAUACGACACGACGAACUUAUGAACAUUAUAAUAGAAGGUUAGAUAGAAGGAAGAAGGGGGAGAGGGAGACCGAGACAUAGUUACAUCAGGCAGAUCAAGGAAGGAGGUGGUGUCGUGUCGUAUCAAGAGGUGAAGAGACUCGCUGAAAAUCGUAGUAAGUGGCAAGAGCUCCACCGACAAGAGCGCAGCUCUCAAAUGGAUAGAUAGAUAGAUAGAUAUAUAAUAUCCAUUAUAUAGUACUUUUUAUUUUAUGUUGUGUUUAUUCAAAAUUAUUUAUCUAAAUUAAUAAAGCCUCGCACUAAAAUUGCUUAUCUGAAAUACUUACAUUUGCUAACAUUCAAUUAGUAAAGAUAAGUUAGGAAAUGAGUCAUAAAAAUCUAGCACUAAGAAAGUUGUGUUGAUUUGUUAUUAUUUUAAAAUAAUAUUUAUUAUUGUAAAAGUGCACAUAAUAAUUUAGCUUUGAGCUUGUGCAAUAUUAUUCCAAAUUGUUUAUAUAAAAUCUGUUAUAAUUAUUUCUAAAAUGUUAUAUAAAUAUUUUUGUAAAACGUAAAAAGACAAGAGCAACUGAAAUUUAUCUAUUUUUGUUGUGCAUUUAUUCAGAUUUUAUCAAUAUGAUACCACAAACCCAUUGUGGACUGUAAUGUCUGCAUCUGUGAAAACUGUUAAUUAGGUACAUACAGUAGUUGAUUUUUUUAUAUAUUGCUGAUAUAUUGUGAGUCAAUUCUAGUAAUGUUAAUAAUAUUCCCUUUUAUUUAGAGUAAUUUACUUUUUAAUAAAGAAAAUAAUCAAAAAUUGCUCAAGAAAGAUGCAAUGCUAACUGCAAUGUAGACAUAUUAAUUGAUUUUAUAUUGUGUCCUUUUUUAUGAUUAUUUAUCUGAUAUUUCAGUUUGAUUUAUUUGUGAGUUAUGGCAGCGCAUGUUAGUCUUAUGUUUAUUCUUAAGAGAGGCCAAAUGUUGACUUGCUUAUGUGAGACUGUUUUGCCAAGAAUCAGAAAGUAUAUUAUUACCUACAUUGUUUUAAAAUAAAUGCUUUUAUAUA